CAGAUUUUUGGCGUUCGUUCCCUUUUCUCAAGUCGAUAUGUUCCUCCGUUUUCGCUUGCUUCUGUCCGAGCUCUCGAAGUUCCAGCAGACCCUCUUGAGAACCAAGCAGCUGCACGCUUUGAUCUUGAAAUUGCGCCUCUCCGACGAUCCGUUUUACGCCACAAAAAUCGUUCGUUUCUAUGGCAUGAGUGGCGACUUUGACUAUGUGUGCAAGGUGUUCGAUGGAUGUCACCACAAAAGUGUCUUCCUCUGGAACUCUAUAAUCCGUGCCUAUGCACGGGCACGGAGGUUCAAUGAAGCAUUUUCCAUGUUCAGUGGUAUGCUUCGAGGCGAGACAAGGCCCGAUAGCUUUUCCUAUGCUUGUGUUAUACGUGCUUGUUGCGAGAGCAGCGAUGUCAACAGAUUACGGCUUUUCCAUGGAGGAGUUAUAGUUUCAGGGCUGGGGAUGGACCCAACAUGUAACAGUGCACUGGUAAUGGCUUAUUCGAAGCUGGGACUUGUGGAGGAAGCAGGACGUGCUUUCAGUGUGAUAUCUGAGCCUGACUUGGUGAUGUGGAACUCGAUGAUUUCGGGCUAUAGUUGUUGUGGUUUGUCAGUAUGCAGCUUGAAGAUGUUUGUGGAAAUGCAAAGGCUGGGGGAAAGUCCCGAUGGUUAUACUCUGGUUGGGUUGAUUUCGGGUCUGGCAGGUCCUGAUUCAAUUCGUACUGGGGAAGGAGUACAUGGUUUCUGUUUGAAAAGCAGUUUCGAAUCGAAUCCUCACGUGGGAAGCUGCCUUGUGAACAUGUAUGCAAGAUUCAAGUGCAUGGACUCGGCUCAAAAAGUUUUCGCAGGUCUGAUCAAUCUUGAUUUGGUUUCGUGGUCAGCUCUCAUAACGGGAUAUUGUCAAUGUGGCGAAUACGAAAAGGCGAGUUACUUCUUCAGGAAAAUGAUGGGCACGAUCAAGGGUAGGAAGGUUGAUCCAAUUCUGAUUGCGAGCGUAUUAGCUGCAGCAGCCCAAUCAGCAAAUAUAGGAAUGGGGAUUGAGUUACAUGGAUCUGUUCUUCGGUGUGGGCUGGAAUCGGAUGUGAUGAUCUCCUCUGCCCUCAUCGACAUGUAUGCGAAGUGUGGCUUGUUGGGCUCGGCAAGGCGUAUCUUCGAGAACAUGCCCAAAAAAAACGCUGUCUCCUACAACACAAUAAUUCAAGGUCUCGGGCUUUACGGGCUAGCUUCUGAAUCAUUCAGAAUGUUUGAUGAGAUGCUUAAUGCCGGACUAGAACCCGACAGUUGUACUUUCUCGGCCCUCCUAUGUGCCUGCUGCCAUUCUGGUCUACUGAAUGAUGGUAGAGAGCUCUUCACAAGAAUGGAAGAUGAGUUCCAUGUCCGCCCCAAGGUCGAGCACUAUGUAUACUUGGUGAAGCUUCUCGGAAUGGCCGGAGAGUUCGAAGAGGCGUACCAGUUGAUUGAUUCGUCGCCUGGACCAGUAGAUCCUGGAAUCUGGGGUGCACUAUUGUCUUGCUGUGAGGUCCAAGGAAACUCAGAGAUGGCAGAGGUUGCAGCUCGGAAGCUCUUCGAGACAGGUGCAGAGAAGGGCGCGUACAGGGUCAUGCUAUCAAAGGUAUACGCCCGGGAUGGAAGGUGGAGCAAUGUGAAUGAGCUGAGAGACGAGAUGACGGAUGCAGGACUUAGAAAAAUGCCCGGGUUGAGCUGGAUCGGAGGCACCGGCACCUACUCUUGAGAUCACCUGUAUUUGAAGACUAACUGCACAGAGCUACUGAAAAAAAAAAAAAAAACCCAACUACGGAGGAUCGUGCUGUAAUGUUAUGUUAAUUUUCAUCGGAUCAAUCACGGUAACGGCCUCGUGAGACGAGUGUGCGGGUUAUCAAUUCUCUUCCAAGUCUUGCCGUGGAUGUAUUAUCUUCCAUUUUCAACUGUUGAUUGCAUACAAGGAUCAUAAGUUGCUGUUCCAUCCAUCCUGAGUUCACUGGGCCUGAUCACUAGCCCACGAGCACGUUCAUUGUAUGGGCCAGUCCAUAAUCCCCUGGCCCUAAGAUAAUAUGCAUGCUGCAAUUGCUUACGGAUA